AUGGCGACACCGUUCUCGGAUCAUCAGAUUCUGGAAUCAAUUGCUUCGGAUGCUGAUGUUAUGCACACGAUCUUAGAUCUAAGUGCUCAGCGGAAAAAGCUUAACUUAUCCCUGGUCCUAAACAUAGUUGUGUUGUACACAAAAAACACCAUUUUCAAUAUAGGGGUGGGCCUGUAUUAUCUGGCUGAAUUGCAAGUUCUUGGACUCUUCGAAUUAAUUAAGAGCGAUCUUGAAAAGUUGAUAAAGGAAACUGAAAGCGUGUGCCUAAUUCGUAAUCGUCGAGGAGGAGUUUUCGCCACAAAAUGUUGUUUCUUGGCCGAUCAACUGGAUAUUUUGGCCGAAAGGCACUAUAACUUGAGAGCCAUAGUGGACGAAAUGACGGAACUUUUUAAAAUACAAAGCCUUAGCAUGAGCAUGGUUUACUACCUCUCCGCCAUGGGUACUAUUUACUUCACAUUCUGUUCGAUUUGGUACAACAACACGGGAUUUGACUCUUCAUUAUGGGGCUUCCUGCUGAUUGCUCUAUCCAUAGCAUUCCUCAUAGCGGAUAAUUCCAUCUCCCCCAAUUUGGGAUUUCUAAUACAGGAUCAGGUUAGGGAAAUUAAUGAAAAACUGUCAGAGCGCACUUUAUUCAGUCAGGAAUUGGAUCCACGACUGGAAACAGUAUUUGAGAACUAUAAGCUUCAGUUGGCCUGCAAUCCGAUUGAGUACAAUAUAUGCGGACUUUUUAAAGUGGAACGCGAUCGAAUUAUUGGAAUGAUAAACUCAGCCAUUAUGAGUUCUAUUCUACUUGUUCAGUGGGAACUGAAAUAA